UGAGAACGGUCGACAAUGUUCUUGUUGUCUUUACUCCUCGUCACAUUGUCUUUAUCGCUCACAGUCGAUGCCAAUUGUUGCAUAGCAACAAGCUAUCAGAUUUCAGCGUCGGGACUAAGGGCGCAGGUUCUUGAGAUAGAACCUCAAUUCUACGCAAUGGAAAACUACAUGCUGGCCUUCGACCUCAAAUCUCAAAACGGCAUGCUCAAUCUGACAAUGGUCAACUCAUUAUCUGGUGUGAGAAGAGUAGAAACAUAUUACUUUCAAGAAGCGAAGGGAGUGAGGAAGCAAUACACUGUAAUUGACAAUCGGGAGUGCAUUGAAACGCCAAUAAUUGGACCAGGCCUUUCACCGUGUUUUCCAAGCGACGUAAAAGUUGUGACGACAUUUUCAUUUGCUGGUCUCAACUGCUUGGUCGUUACUUACUCGCAGUCAUACCAUGCAGGCUCGUCAAACACCUCAAUUGCAGCUGCAACAAUUAUUACUGACAAAUGUAUUCCAAUUGCUACUGCCUUCCUGGUGAGAGGCAUCAACACGACCAUUGGUAUACAGUCUCAGUUCGAAACUGCUGACUUGCUGCUAUUUUAUGACUCUACGGAGUUGAAAGAUGUCAGUAUCUUAGCACCACCUAAAAUCUGCUCUCAUGCACAGAGUGUCAAUGCGUCUGCAAUUGGAAAAGAAGAGCUUGUGUUUUUGCAAAUGAUGGACGGAGUUGAGUCAUUGGACGUGUUCACUGUACUAAACCGCCUCGCUCGGCUGUCUCCAACCAAUUUGGUAAAGAACUAAGAUCUGACGGACCAAUGAACGGUAACUAUUGCUAGAUGUUGUUUGAUUGAGUUAUUAGCUCAUGUUGCAUAAUGUCGUUUGUGGUAUGUAAUUUUUUUAUUUAGUUUUGGGCAAUUAUUUUAAAUAGGCACGAUUACAGUUAAUAUUAACUGUUUAUGAAA